AUGGGUUACCAAAACAUGAAUGAAAGUGACGUCACAGACGUUUCAAACAUUUUGGUUGAAACUGGCAAACUUCCUCACUCUCCAUUGGUCAAUCAGGAUAGCGACAAAAUUCAAGUGGCUGUUGAGGUUCACGAGGAAAAAAAGGAGGCAUCAGAGCGUGAACGUACUGAAUACGAUCGGACUGAACUGGAAAGAGCAAAACCAUUUUUUAGGGCGUACAGUGUAUCGGACUCAAAAUACAUAACUGUAGUAAGCAGUGUCAAUGAGCCUAGGCUACAAGGAAGUGAGGUAGGCCUAAAGAAAACUGGAAGCAGCAGAGAUAGGCCUAGGCCUAGUGUUCAUUCAGUAAAUAGUAGUGAGGUGAAGGUGGCAGUAGUUAACGUGCAGUGCCUUAGAACCAAAAUCAACCUUCUGUCACUUUUCACAGAUGAGUUAAAGUGUGACUUCCUACUUAUAUCAGAACAUUGGCUUACUAAUGAUGAAAGUGAGUUUUAUAGAACAGUUGGUUGUGAUGAACUAGAAAUAGCCAAUAUAUAUUGCCGAAGUGCUCAUAAAAAUGGUGGAGUGGCCAUUUUUGCCUCAAAUAGAUUUACCUACAAGAAGCUAAAUUCGGAACCAUACUGCGUUGAACGCAUAUUUGAAGUUACAGCUGUUGAGGUACUGGAAAUUUCUACCAUACUUGUUGCAGUGUACAGGCCUCCAGACAGCGACUUCGACUUGUUUCAGCUGCAACUAGAGUCCUGUCUUCUGUAUUUAACCAAAUUUACCUCAAAGAAGAUUGUGAUCGGUGGGGACUUUAACAUUCACCUGGAAGUAACAUCUAAAGAAGAGACUGCAUUUACCAACCUACUGCGAAGUUUUGGACUGUAUAUCACUUCAAGACUGCCGACCCGUGGUGUAGCCUGUCUGGACACCAUCGCUACAAACAUCGACAGCUGGGAUUGCAGAUCGGAGGUGGUUAGUGCACUGGUUGCCGAUCAUGACGGAGCUGUGGUUUUGAAUGUGAAAACUGAGCAAACGACACCACCCUCAUCACAAGAGGUCGGAGCUUGGUGGAGCUACGCAUUGAGGCUGAAUACUUACUGGAGGAAGCAAGGGCCUGGUUCGUAUCAAACAAGUUUAAGGUAAACGAGGAUAAAACCCAAUCCCUCGAAUGCACUCUGAGUGCAGGGGUAGAAGAGGGUGAACCGGUCAAACUACUGGGUUUCUGGGUCGACUCGAGGUGCACAUGGAACCACCAUAUAAGCAAGGUAUGUGUCAAACUUUCAAGAGUGCUGUAUCUUCUAAGGAAACUUAGGGAUUUAAUAACUCAGCCAUACCUUACAACGGUUUAUCAUGCUCUCUUCCAUAGUCACGUGAUGUAUGGAUUGAUACUGUGG